CUAUGAUCAAAAAAUUCCGAGAAUUUGUAUUUUAAAUUACGCGCGCUUUACCGAUUCGAAUACAUUUUUUUUCUCGGAUUUGUAAACCUUUCCCUGACACUUGUUAAACGUGAGCGCCAUUUGUAUCAUUAGUAGUUGUUUGGUGUCUGUUUACAUCAGUCCAGUUUUUGCACUUUGUCGCAUUUCAAAAUGGAAAAAAAUAUUGGACAAAGAAUUUGUUUGAAGUUUUAUGUUUCCAACGAUAUUUCUUGUGCCGAUGCAUUGAAAAUGCUACAAAAAGCCUACGGAAACUCUGCUCUCUCGAAAACACGAGCAUACGAGUGGUAUUCGGCAUUCAAAAAAGGUCUCAAAAAAGUUGAAGAUGCACCUCGUAGUGGACGCCCUUCGACAUCGACAACCGAUGAUAACGUUGAAAAAGUUAAGGAAAUCGUGCUCGAAAAUCGUCAUGCAAGCCUCAGAGAGAGAGCUGGUGAACUCAACAUCGCGUAUGGAUCGGCACAGCACAUUAUGGUGGAUAUUUUGGGCAUGAAACGCGUUGCAGCACGACUUGUGCCAAAAGACCUGAAUUUCGUUCAAAAACAGUUCCAAAAGACAGUGGCCCAGGAGAUGAUUUCUGAGGUAACAGACGAUCCUACCAUGAUGAAACGCAUAAUUACUGGCGACAAAACAUGGGUUUACGAAUAUGAUGUUGAAACUAGCCAACAAUCAUCCGAGUGGCGUUAUGAAAAUGAACCAAAACCGAAGAAAGCGCGUCAAAGUCGAUCAAAAAUCAAGGUUAUGCUCACAGUUUUCUUUGAUUAUGGAGGCGUUGUUCAUUAUGAGUACCUGCCAACGGGUCGAACAAUCAAUAAGGAGUAUUAUCUGGGCGUAAUGAGGCGUUUGAGAGAUGCUGUGCGUAGAAAACGUCCAGAAUUAUAGAAAAACAAUUCUUGGAUUUUGCACCAUGAUAACGCUUCCUCUCACAAAGCACGCAUCGUGACCGACUAUUUGACCAAACACGCGGUAAAUACCAUCCAACAAGCACCGUAUUCUCCGCAUAUGGCACCCUGCGACUUUUUCCUGUUCUCAAAACUUAAAUUACCGCUUCGUGGAAAAAGAUUUUUGAGUAUAGAUGAAAUAAAAGAAUAUGCGACGAGGGAAUUGAAAGCCAUUCCUUCAUCAAACUAUGGAAAGUGUAUGAAUGAAUGGGUUAAACGUUGGCAUAUGUGCACCGCUUCAGAUCAAUGCUACUUUGAAGGCGAUAAAAUAAAUGUACCCGAAAAUUAACAAAAAAUCUCUUUUGUUUACCAAUUCCCGGAACUUUUUGAUCAUAGUGUAUGUAUAUAAUUUUUGAAAAUAAUUUUUAAAUUUUUUUUCUUUGAAAUGUUUUUUGCUUUUUUUCCUUUUUUUACAACAUAAAGCU